CUAGAUCUAGGAGGACAAUGGCUGAGAAUCAAACAAGUUCAGAUGUGAUAGUACCGAAACCGAUAUUCGAUCAUCGAAUCAAUUUCGGACAAGGGAAGACAGCAAGAACGCUAUUGACAGAAGAAGGUUGUCAUUACCCGGUGAUUCAUGAACCCUACAGUCACAGAGCUUAUUAUGGGCAGCCUCGUUCACCCUCUGCCCCUGCCCGCCCCAGGAGAGGGGACAGGCGGAUGCACCAAACAACACUGACAGUUGCAAAACCUCCAUGGGCACCAGACUAUACCACGACGAAUAACCAUUACUUCAGCGGUAGUGACGACCUAGACCCGGUGAGACGCCCACCCCUCUGCCCCUCCAUGCACACCUCACAGAUCAAGUUUGGGGGCCAGGAGGAGCCUCAUCACUUCCGCUCUGAUCACAUGGCCACCUUCCACAGAAAAGAAAUUAUCCCCGCCAACCGGCUUCACUUAAUGUCACUAGUCAACCGUGUGAAUCAAACAGAGGGUGCCAAGGUGAGGGAGGUUGUCAAGCCGGAAAAUGGUCCUCCCAGUUACUGGAGCCAGUACAACCGCAUCCACAACAAGCUGGGGGCAUUGAGGGGUCCGGGCGUGGCUCGGGAGUACCCGGUCAGGCAACAGUAUGAUGUCAUCACAGGUGAAGAACGAGGUCCAGCAUGGAAAGCGGAGAACACCAGAGUGUCUGGGAACAGAGUACUUCACGGCAACAGGAGGCAACUGGACCACAAGCCUUUGCUCUUCUAGCUCAGUACAAUAAGUUAUUGAAAAACAUGCCUUGGACUGACUGAUAAUAGUGGUGGACGUGUGUGUUUGUGUGAUUUGUUGUCAGUCUGGCUUUGAUGCCAGUGCCAAUUGAUCACGACACAAUUGUACUCUAAUCCAAAGCCACUUUUGCAUCCGAGUUUUGAGUCCUUCCGUCCCAAGUUCUUACCUUUUGUAUCCCUGAUAUUACUGUCGACUAUAGUUUGCAGCAAUUGCAUUUUCCAUAACUUCCAUCUUCUGUCAAAAGUCAUACAAAAUAGUGUGUGCUAAUGAUUGAAUUUUACAAA